AUGGCGCACGUCGCGACGACGUCCGCGCGAGCGAUCGAACGUCCCAGACACGCUCGAGCGCUCGAUCGUCGAGCGCGCACGAAGAAGUUCUCAGCGACGGCUCAUCGUGGGCACGCUCGCGAGAGGUUUUCACCGAGAUGCGACGCCUCCGCGAACGCCGGUGACUCGGAGACCGCGAGUGAGGGCACGGGAACGGUGCAAAUCUCUCCGGUGAGCGCCAAGGAGGAGGAGGUCGACCGCAUUCAGGAGAUGCUCAACAAGCCCUACAAGUGGGGGUUCAGCACGACGAUCGAGACGGAGACCAUUCCAGCUGGAUUGAGCGAGGACGUCGUGCGCAUGAUCUCGGCGAAAAAGAACGAACCGGAUUGGAUGCUCGACUUCAGAUUGAAAGCGUUCAGGAAGUGGCUGACGAUGGAGGAACCGGACUGGAGCGAUAACAGCUAUCCGCAAAUCGACUACCAGGGCGUAUCCUACUACAGCGCGCCAAAGUCAAUGGAAAAGAAAAAGAGCCUCGACGAGGUCGAUCCAGAAUUAUUGGCCACUUUCGACAAGCUCGGAAUCCCUCUAAAUGAACAGAAGCGUCUGACCAACGUUGCCGUCGACGCCGUCUUCGAUUCGGUGUCCAUCGGGACGACGUUCAAGGAGGAUUUGCUCAAGGCAGGUGUAAUUUUUUGCUCUAUCUCUGAGGCUGUUCACGACUAUCCGGAACUGGUCAAGAAACACCUCGGAUCGGUGGUUCCAGUUGCAGACAAUUACUUCACAGCGCUCAACAGCGCGGUUUUCAGCGAUGGGUCUUUCGUGUACAUCCCCAAGGGAGUCGUGUCGCCAAUGGAGCUGUCGACCUACUUCCGCAUCAACGCCGAAUCUGCAGGACAGUUUGAGCGCACCUUAAUCGUAGCCGAGGACGAUUCUUACGUCAGUUAUUUGGAAGGUUGCACCGCCCCGGCUUACGACGAUAAUCAGCUGCACGCUGCCGUCGUUGAAAUCAGUGCCGGAAAGAAUGCUGAGGUCAAGUACUCGACGGUGCAGAACUGGUACGCUGGAGAUGAGAAUGGUAAGGGUGGCAUCUACAACUUUGUCACCAAGCGAGGUUUGUGCAAGGGCGACAAUUCCAAGAUUUCGUGGACCCAAGUCGAAACGGGAUCGUCCAUCACGUGGAAAUACCCAUCUGUUGUGCUCGCCGGCGAUAACUCAAUCGGUGAAUUUUUCUCUGUCGCUCUGACGAACAACGCGCAACAAGCGGACACUGGUACUAAAAUGAUUCACAUUGGCAAAAACACUCGUAGUCGCAUUGUCAGCAAGGGUAUCAGCGCCGGGAAGAGUAAGAACGUGUACAGAGGUUUGGUGCAAGUCGGUCCGAACGCCGUGGGUGCACGCAACUAUUCUCAGUGCGACUCGAUGCUCAUCGGCGACAAGGCUGGUGCGAACACUUAUCCGUACAUUCAAGUCAAGGAACCGAGCGCUCGGGUAGAACACGAAGCUUCGACGUCGAAGAUUGGUGAAGACCAGUUAUUCUACUUCCAACAGCGUGGUAUCGAUCCGGAGGAAGCUGUCGGCGUCAUCAUCUCGGGUUUCUGCAGCGAGGUGUUCAACGAGCUUCCUUUAGAGUUCGCCGCGGAAGUGAACCAACUUAUGAGUCUCAAGCUCGAAGGUUCCGUCGGAUAA